AUGUCAUCCGGAAAGCCACAAAGCCCUUCGCCCCUAUCACGAUUAUCUCUCUCGUCGGCACCACCACUUAAGACUCUUCCACCAAACCCAAAUAUUUCUCAACUAGAGAAUUUUGCCAUGAGCGCUAUGGCACCAAGCAUGGCGGUUGUAUUUACUUUACCAUUUGACACCAUUAAAGUCAGAAUGCAGCUUCAAGGUGAAGUCAGAUUUAUAAAGGAUUCGACUGGCAAGACAAUUCGAAUUGUUGCUGAAAAGUUUCGAUUGUUUAAGAAAAACUUACAAAUUCGAAGGUUUACGAGGUCUAGAAAAAGGACUUGUUCCCUCCAUAUUAAAAGAGAGUUCCAAGAAUGUUUUUCGCUUGGUAAAAUAACCUCUAAAGGACUUUAUGAUCCAAUUCUCGCAGUGAUUCAUCCAACUGAUGAUUAUACCUCAUCAUCAUCAGCCCCCGCCUGGAAACGAAUGUUUGCAGGUGGUUUAUGUGGUGCCUUGGGAGCGGUAUCAGCGAAUCCAUUUGAAUUGGUAAAAACUCGAUUACAAAGCUCUGCAGCACAUGCCAUUGCAGUUGGAAACCAAUAUGGUUAUACGUCAGUAACUUCAGCAUUGCGACGUAUUAUGUUCGAGGAAGGUGGAAUAAAAGGACUUUAUCGUGGAUCAAUGAUAUCUGUUGGACGGGGUAUACUGGGAAGUGCGGCAAAUUUAUCAUCUUAUACUAUGUUAAAGGAUUAUGCUAAACGUGAAGGGUAUUCUGAUGGUAUUCCGCUUGACAUGGCAUGUAGCUUGAUGAGCGCGUUCGUUAGUGUAAUUGUUAUGAAUCCUAUGGAUGUUGUUCGAACGCGUUUAUACAAUACAUCAUCAAUCUCACCGAGGCAAUCCUUACUUUCAACCACUAAAACCAUUGUCAAGAAUGAAGGAUGGACAGCUUUAUACCGAGGCUUUUGGACUCAUUUUAUGCGAAUUGGUCCUCAUUUUUGUUUAACUUUUGUUUUCCUGGAACAAUUAAAGCGAGGAGUUAAACAAUUUCGCCUUGAAGAAUAUCAACGUCAGCUUCAAAAUUAUCAUCAAGCAACCACGGAUCUUAAGGUGUAA